CCGCGACAACCUCAAGGGCACGAACCGAGUUCAGCCCAGCCGAACCCGAAUCACCCCUAACAUUUGAUAUUUUCCUGGAACAGUUACCCGAGAAGAUCAUGAUCCCACAAAUUGGAUUUUAUGACGGAACAUCCGACCUGGACACCCACCUAGGAUUGUACACGUCAUGGAUGGACCUGCACGGAGCACCGGACGCCCUCCGCUGCCGGAUGACACUGGGAGAAAAGGUGCAAAGAUGGUACCAUUCGCUCGCCCCAUGUUCGGUCGCUAGGUGGCCACAAUUAAAGUCAAUGUUCCGAACACACUUUAUCGGAUCCCAGGCAUGCCGAAUUCCCAAGGAAUCGAUCACUCAUAUUAUCCAAGGAGCGGACAAAAAUUUGAAGGAUUAUAUUACUCGUUUUAACGAACGGGUACAAAACAUGGAACCGUGCCAUCAAGAGACCCUGCUCGUUUCAGCAUAUUCAGGGUUGAGACCAAAUUCGAUGUUCAAAUGGACCCUUUGCCAAAACAAACUCCAGACGUACCACGAAUUCUUGAUGAAAGCUCAACAGCAUAUCAUGGCAGAAGAAAACAUGUCCGUCCCGUCAUUUCCAUCCUUGAACGAACCACCUACUAAAGCGAAGGAAUCCCGACCGAAUAAGGAGUUCACGAAGGACGGAAGGAGUGCCCAAUUCCGAGCCAUGCAGAGGAAACAUCACGAGGAACUCACGAACAGCUACCAGGGAGUGUAUUCGGUCGGUGCGGCCGUGGUGUACGAAGAGCUGAAAAACAAGGGGAUCAUCCCAGACCCUAAACCGAUCAGGGCCGACGAAGAGAAUUUAGACAGAAGCCGAUAUUGCGCUUACCACAAAUCGCACGGCCACAAUACUGACCAGU